AUGCCUCCCGUGCUGAAUCCCUUUCUGCGCGCCUUCUUCCGCAGUGCACUCCCCAGCCAGUGCUCCCCCGCGCAGCACCACGUCCUCCUCGUCCCCACGACCGAAGUUCUCCUCACCUCGCGCGACAAAGACUCGGGCAGCUCCUACGCCGACCUCAGCGGCUCCGAAGAGUUCCUCGCCAGCCAUGUGCUGCGCGUGCCGGGCGGCGUGGGCCCCAACAACCAGGUUCGGGACGCCAGCAGCUUCCGGGAGACGCGCGGCAAGGCCAAGCAGUUCACCACCGCCAACGGGCGCACCGUGAUUGUCAAGGACGCCUUCAUCUACAGCAACAAAGGCUUCAAGACCCUCAACCAGGCGCAGCUGCUCAGCGACACCAUCUUCUACCCAGACACCUUCGAGGCCCAGCCAUGGCUCGUCUACUACAUCUCGCGCCCCCUGAUCGGCACCUACGACGCAACCCCCAUCAUACCCGCGGCGCUGGUGGCGGGCAAGGACGUCAAGCCAGCAGGCACACCCGCGGCUGGGAGCUCUUCAGCCGCCGGCAGCUCGUCCAUGCCACGGAAGAAGGAGGUCAAGUCGUUCACCGACUUGCUGAAUCACUUCCCCAUGAUUGCACGCCAAAUGCAGCCAGGCUUGGAGAGACUAUUCAAGGAGUUCGCCAAAGAGCUGGAGAAACCUCUGCCGCCAACUCCAUCGACGGGAUCGCGACGACCAUCCCAAAACUCGCGAAGACGCGGUUCGGUAUCCUCGGUGGAGACGGCUGGAUCGCGUCCUAUGUCCAUGCACAGCAGCAUGUCGUACGGUCCCAACGGAUUCAUCUCGACGCUGGAGAUUGGCGACGAGGAGGAUGCCAUGCGGAACUCGCUGGAGACAGCCGUGACGGCGGCCAUUGAUCUUUUCCAGAUGGUGGACAAGCAGCAGUUGUCGCUAUUGGGCGCAACGACAGAUCUCACCGGGCCCCUCGUCGAGCGCAUGAUCGAGCGCUACAUCGCCGAACAGAUGCACCACACCCUCCUCUUCCCGCGGAUAUGCGACAUUCGCCGACUGGAAGACGUGGAUCUUGAACGCCAGACGCGGCAGAUGCAGGACAUUGACAUUUCGCAAGUGGGCAUCGACAUUGGCAACGGCCGCAAGGGCAAGCAGGAACUCUCCAUACGAUUGUCCAAAGCCGUCGAUAUGUUCAAGAAGAUGGGCGUGGCUGGCAGUCCGCAGGAGAUGCUAGAGAUUGUCCUGGCCGUGACCAAGCACAUCACAAUGCCCGAUGCAUCAUCGAUCGCGAGCGAUCCCACAGCGCAGGCCACGCUAAAUGGACAGCAGCUCUCGGAGAAGCAUGAUCAUCUUCUUACUAUCAACGCGGAUACGCUGGUGUCCUUGCUGCUCAUCGUGGUGAUCCGCGCUCCAGUGCGACACCUCCAGGCGCGGCUGUCUUAUAUGCGUCACUUCAUCUUCAUUGAUGACGUGGAAACAGGUGAGAUGGGCUAUGCGCUCAGUACGUUCGAGGCCGUGCUGUCGUAUCUGCAAAAUGACUCAGGCGGCCUGCGGAAAGCGAGUCGGCGGAAUCGAAAGCUGUGGCAGGCGACACAGUCUGGAGACCUGGCGACAAUGCAAAGCAUUCUAGAGCCUAAUCGGUCUUUCCACGAAGCCUUGGACGACUCUUCAAGUGAAGACGAAAUUCCCGAGCGACACCAUCCUGUCCGGUUUGCGAGUUUCUCGGAUCUGAACUCUCUCGCUAGCUCCUCGAUGAAUGGAGACUACGAGCCGAGGAGAAGGCGGCGGCGAAGGCCCUCGGGGACUUUGCGCAAGAACGAGGACGGGCCACUGGCACACAUCUUCCCGUUUCAGCGUGCUCAAACACCGACACUACCCGAUCGACCAAAGCUGAAAAAGACCGUUUCAUACGACACACGGAGUAUGUCGACUUGCUCGGCGCGAUCAUUCAGGUCCCGCACAACGACGGAUUCUCGACACAGUGCUAUCGAAGGCGACACGUCAAUCGAGAAGCUCACAAUGACACAAGGGUUGGACGGUGAGUCGGUCUUGAUGAUGGCCAUCGAAAGCAAGCAAGACAAAGCACUGCAGUAUCUGCUCAGUCUUACAGAGUUCUACACUCCCACGUUCGUGUUCGAGGAUUGCAACAACGAAGCAACGACCCUGCUGAGCUUAGCGGUCCAACUGGCCCAUACUAAAUCGACCGACACAAUACUUUCCUACAUCUUGGAGAACAGCACAAGCCCUGAGAUGUUGAGCCAUUAUCUCUCGAAACAAGACUCAAAGGGCAGAUGCAUGGCACACUAUCUCUUUCACCAGCCUCGCCUUAUCGAUCGCAUUGGCCAUCUUGUGCCUUGGCUCCUGAAAGACAAGAACGGACAGACGCCUGUCUUUGCUCUUUGCAGAUCAUACGACCAUGACGAAUAUUACAGCAUGGUUGAUAAUGGUCUCCUAGCUGCGACUCACGCCCAAGGCGAUGGACAGCCGCUACAUCUAGACCAGCAUGUGGAUGCCAAGGGCAACAGUCUGCUCCACGUCAUCACCGAUCCCCAACUCGCGACCAAGCUCCUCUACCGCUGCGAUUCGGACGCCAAUGCCACGAACGACAAGCACUUCACACCGCUGAUGGUCGCUAGUAAAUAUGGACGUACGGACAUGGUUCGCGUGCUGUUCCAGGAUCCGCGGGUCGACCUCUCAGUGAGAGACGCACGCGGUCUGACAGCUGUCGAGCUCGCCAAAGACGACGAUGUCCGCAACCGCAUCGACGAUCUCGUGCUGUUGUCCAACGAUCCUGGUGUUGACGGGCGCAUUACUACCGUAGUUCGCUCAUUUUUUGUUGAAGACGGCACGGUUCGACUUGUACUCAAGUCUGGCGCACCCAACUCUAAUGGAACCAUCACUGUGACCACAUGUCGCCGGUCGUCACACGAUUUCGACAACCUUGCCAAGUGGUUGGCGCAGGAGAAUCCAGCAUCGUGGCUCCCGGUCAUCGCCAACGUGGCCUCACCCUACCUCAUCCCGUCCAGGCCAUCUCGAUCGGUGUUGCGCGAUCUUCAGCUCCGCCUCGACGCCUUCCUCAAGAUUCUCCUCAGACACCCGACGUUUUCCAUGCACGAGAUGGUGUGGGAGUUCUUCCUCGUCCCGGACAUCGACUCCGCUAUGCUUGCGCAGCGGUCCGCACGCAAAGCCGAGCUCCGUGUCGAGCGCCUGCGCGAAGAGGUUACGCCCAUCUACGAUGUGCGAGAAGUCGAGCUCUUCGUCCAACACGCGCGAGAAAAUGUGCGCUCGCUGCACCACGCAUCCAAAUCCGUGCUGCGCCGCACGAACAAGCUCCGCAUGUCGUCUUCCGACCUCAACGACGCAGCCAAGCUCUGCAACACAGCCAUUCACUCCCUCACGUUUCUCCCUGAAGAGCAUCUGCGCGCGUUUGAACGCUACACCAAGACGAUUGCUAUCAGCGAAGCUAGCCCGAUCGCAGGCUUCUACUACAGCAUGCACGCCAUCUCCUCGACGAUAACCGCCGUGUUGACGUCGCUCAAUCGCCCAUCGAGCCUGAUCAACGCCAUGUCCAGCACGCAAAAAGCCAUAGACCGGCACAAUCUCUCUGUGCGGCGCUCCGACCGCUGGCCGCUCGGCCUUCUCGACGACGCACGAUCGAGGGUGCAGCGCGACGCGCAGGACAAGAUGGACAAGAGCAAGGGCGAGCUUGCGGAUCUGGGCAGGGAGCUGAGGUACACGCAGCAGGUGGUUGCGAGUGAGCUGGCUAGCUGGCAGGAGAGUAGGGUAGAGACGGGGCGGAAGGCGGUGCGGGAGCUGGCGAGGAGGAUGGUGGUUAGUGAGAGGGCGAGGUUGGAGAGCAUGAAGAGGGCAGUCCGAGAGUUGGGGAUUGGUGAGGGGAGGAAGAAGAAGAAGAAGGAGGAGGAGGAGGAGGAGGAGGAGGAGGAGGAGCCGGUGGCUGUGAAUGGUACAGCCAUGGAGCCUGAGGUCGCUGGAUCGUCUGCAGGACUGCAGGAGCCCAUGCACGACGAUACCACUAUGGACGGCCUCGGUCAAGAGCUGGAAGACGUCAUGCUCCCAGACGAGGACGGACCACAGAUGGAAGACGUGAUCGCCGGCCCUUCAAGCAAGGCAGUCGACGAAGAGACGUCGCUCCUGGACAUGGCAGCAGAAGCCCCAGAGCAGCUCGACGACACAGUCACACCAGUAGCCGUGGAAGACGCAUCGCCUGCCACGCCGUCGUGA